UUGGUGUAGCUGACUUGUGAGAUAAACAAAAACAACAGAACCAAAAUGCAGUUUCACCAGACAACUGGUUCUCGCAGCUAUGAAAUGCAACUUAUACAUUUGGCAAACAAGUAUCAAAAUGAACCACCGGAUGCACUGGAUAUAUUUAAAGAGUUACACUACAGCAAAAAGAAAGGAUUCACUCCUACAGUUCAAUCUGCUAUUGUUGAAAUUGAGGACAAGAUAAAUGCUCCUGUAAAUGAGGGUGAGGAACCAAAGGAUGUGGCUAAUGCUGUCUCUGAGGUUCUUGGUCAGAAGACUAAGAAGAAUAGAUUUUUGGUAAAUGUGGGGAUGAAAAGCUCAUGUGCUAGGGAGGACAAUGCUGAAAGUCAGUGUGAGCUAGAAGCUGAACUGGUGCGGGAGAAACAGGCAAACAAUGAUCUUAGGGAGAUUGUGAAGACUCAGCAACUACAGAUAGAUGAGAUGAUGAAGAAGUUCUAGGAAGUAGAAGCUGCAAGGGCAACCCAUGACGAAGAGGUGAAGAAAAAACAAGCUGAGACAGAUGCACUGAUUAAGGGGUUCAUUUCCAUGCUUCCAGGAUGUCUACCAACAAGGUAGAGUCUGUCUCCUGCUACUGCAGCGUAGAUGGGGGGUCUUAAAACCAUUUUGAGUUCUAGGAAGUUUGUCCCGGUGCGAAGCUGUGCAUGCAACCUGAUAUCAUACCAUGUAUUGAGGGUCGACGCAUUUUGGCAAGUAGUGCUUUUGGGUUACUUGACUGAACCUUUGGCAA